ACAUGCAGGGUUUGUCCACAAGUAAGCUUUGCUAGUACUUUGCUGGAAAGAGCACCAGAGAUGUUGGCCUUCAGCCCCAAAGGUAAAAUGAGCCAUUUCUGUUGAUUAAUGAAUUAAGUUUUAUACAGGAUUUUAUUUUGGGUCAAACCUUUGGUGAACCUUAUAUUAAUGCCACGUGAGCUUAGAAAUGUAGACAGACAAAAUUUAUGGAAAAUGUUAAAGAUUUCUUCACAUACACUAGAUGGUGCGAGUGAUUUUUUUUUUCUCAGAGCAUAUUACAUAGGACUAAAUACCUUUUAGGGCUUCCGAAAUCCUCUCUCAUUGCCGGAAUUGAAGACUCAGUCACAAUGCAUCUCCUCGGACCGGUCUGAGAAAUAUUAUUAUGUGUGGCUGGGUCUUGGAAAUGACACAAUUAACGUGUCUGUCAGCUGGAAACAAACUUUACACCCAAUCUUUUAUGGGAGAAGAGAAGCAUAUCGAUUUCUUCAGAAGUUGCGUGUAAAUGCCGUUAUCUGUGAUAGUUGAGUGAAGGCUGUGACGCCAAGACCAGGAGAAACAAAAGAGAGCAAAAAUAAUACUCUUGGAUAACAGAACUAUUGUGCAGUAAAUGGUAUGAACAGACAGACGGAGAUGAGAGUGGUGUGUUUUGUCUUGACGUACAAGGCUUGGUAAUGUAACAGUGCACUCUUGGAUCCGGAGAUUCAGUUAGAACAAUGCAAAAUAUUCCUCUUCAUUUUGUAGGCUUUCUGUCAGAAUUAUUAAACCAUCCCUCUUUUUCUCUCCUCAAGCACAGACACAGCUUCACGCCAUUACCAUUUUCUAACAUUUUACAAUGGGUAAUGUUAGGGGUACUGAUGUCUCCAUGUUGUGUUCAGGGCUUGACUUUUAAAGUGGGGGUGCUGGGACCCUGGAACUGUGACCCAGUCUUCCCAAAAGCCCAUCCUGUUCUUGCAGCCAAGCUGGCAGUGGGCCGGAUAAAUGAAGACUUCAGUUUAGAUUUGGGCUGCAAAGUGGACUUUGUGAUUCUCCAGGAGGCUUGCGAGACGUCCAAGGCACUGACAAAAUUUGUGCAGUAUGAGAGCUCCGUCCAAGCCUUCGUCGGGCCAUUGAAUCCUGGGUUUUGCAACGCAGCCGCGCUUCUGGGGAAAAAUUGGAACAAGGCUAUUGUUUCGUGGGCCUGUGUUAACUACGAACUGGAUCAAGGACACAACUACCCAACCUUUGCCCGGGCUUUGCCUUCACCAACGACGGUUCUGUUCACCGUACUAAAGCACUUCAGGUGGGCCAGCAUAGGCAUCGUUUCUUCCAACGAGGACAUAUGGGUGGACACGGCCAGCAAAGUGGCUGCCUCCUUGAGGAGCCGAGGACUACCUGUGGGUAUUGUUGCAUCCAUUGGGAACAAUUCCACUGAGAUGGAAAGGACUCUAAGGAGAAUUCAGCAGGCUGGAGAUGUAAAAGUCAUUAUCAUGUGCAUGCAUUCCUUGCUGAUUGGCGGUGAGCCGCAGGCCGCAUUUCUGCUGAAAGCCCAGGAAGCUGGACUGACCAGCGGGAGGUACGUCUUCGUGCCGUACGACUCCCUGCUUUACAGCCUCCCGUACGCCAACAUGUCGUACUCCGCACUGCGGGACAACGGCAGGCUCCGACAGGCGUACGACGCCGUGCUGACCAUCACCGUGGCUUCUGAGCUAAUGUCGUUCAAUGAGGCGUACAGCAUGGCCAAGCGCGGGGGCGAAUUCUCCUCUGCACCUGACCCACAGCAGGUGUCACCGCUGUUUGGGACAAUAUACAAUGGGAUCUAUUUCAUUGCCAAAGCCAUGCACAACUCCAGAAAGGCUGGCAGAUGGCUGUCCGGGACCAAUGUGGCAUCCUUCUCCAAGAGCCUCACAUUCAACGGCUUCAAUCAGAAGAUACAGACAGACAGUUUUGGGAGGGGUCUGACCAAUUACGUGAUCCUCGAUUCAGAUGGAAAGGGAAGCCAACUCUACCACACCUACCUGGUUGACUUGAGCACCGACCUGGUGCGCUUCGCAGGCCGGUCCAUUCAUUUCCCAGGAGGCACCCCACCACCAGCUGAUCCCAGCUGUUGGUUUGAGCCCGAUAGCGUCUGCACCGGAGGUGUGGAGCUAACCAAUGUUAUCCUUGUGGUUGUGUUCAUUUUUACCCUUAUUGUUGGUAGCAUGGGUUUAACUUUGUUCAUAAGGAGGCGGAUCCAGCAGAUGCAGCUGGUGAAAGGGCCCAAUCGGAUCCUGCUGACCUUGGAAGACCUCACCUUCAUUGAGCCAGAACUCAGCAACAUGAAAAUAACUUUGGAAGACCUCAGCGAGUUCAAAAGUGAAAUUGGCGAUAAGAGUGGGAAUUCUGCAGACGGCUCCCACUCUAUGAACAGUAAUGCAACAGCAACACAUGAGACUUCAAAUGUUGCCGUUUAUGAGGGUGACUGGGUGUGGUUAAAAAAGUUCAAAGAAGGACAAUUCAAAGAGGUUAAGCCAAGCACCACAAGACUUUUUACAAAGAUGAAGGACCUCCGCAACGAGAAUGUCAACCUGUUCCUGGGCUUCUUCGUGGACUGUGACAUGUUCGCCGUGGUAACGGAGCACUGCUCCCGGGGGAGUCUCCAAGACCUGCUGCGCAAUGAAGACGUCAAGCUGGACUGGAUGUUCAAGUCCUCCCUCUUACUCGACCUCAUCAAGGGCAUGAAAUACUUGCACAAUCGUGAGUUUCCCCACGGACGUCUGAAGUCUCGUAAUUGUGUGGUGGAUGGGCGCUUUGUCCUGAAAAUAACAGACUAUGGCUUCAGUGAGCUUCUGGAUACCCAGAAUGUUCCAAAAGAGUUGCCUCUUCCUGAAGAACUGUUCUGGACGGCUCCUGAGCUCCUCCGGGACUUGGAGAUCUCCCAGAAAGGGACCUACGAAGGAGAUGCGUACAGCUUCGCCAUCAUACUGCAGGAAGUGGUGGUUCGUGGACCACCUUAUUGCAUGCUGGGUCUGCCUGCUGAAGAGAUCAUCAGGAAGGUGAGAAAGCCCCCGCCCCUGUGCCGGCCCACAGUGGCCCCAGACCAGGCCCCCCUGGAGUGUAUCCAGCUGAUGAAGCAGUGCUGGAGCGAGCAGCCGGACCGGCGGCCUACAUUUGAGGAGAUCUUUGACCGAUUCAAGACCAUUAAUAAAGGUAAGAAGACGAACAUCAUCGACUCCAUGCUGCGCAUGCUGGAACAGUAUUCCAGCAACCUGGAGGAGCUGAUCCGGGAGAGAACAGAGGAGCUCGAGGUGGAGAAGCAGAGGACUGAGAAGCUCCUUUCUGAGAUGCUGCCACCGUCUGUUGCAGAAGCCCUGAAGACAGGUGCCACAGUCGAGCCUGAGUACUUUGACCAGGUCACCAUCUACUUCAGCGACAUUGUGGGGUUUGCCACCAUCUCUGCCCUCAGUGAACCCAUUGAGGUGGUCGAUCUCCUCAAUGACCUUUACACUCUCUUCGACGCCGUGCUUUGCAACCAUGAUGUUUACAAAGUGGAGACUAUUGGUGAUGCCUAUAUGGUGGCUUCCGGUCUGCCAAAGAGGAAUGGAAACAAGCAUGCGGCAGAGAUUGCCAAUGUGUCCCUGAACCUCCUCAGCUCCGUAGGAUCCUUCCAGAUGAGGCACAUGCCAAGUGUCCCGGUCAGGAUUCGAAUUGGCAUACACUCAGGGUCAUGUGUUGCUGGGGUUGUGGGUCUGACCAUGCCUCGGUACUGCCUCUUUGGAGACACGAUCAACACCGCCUCGCGUAUGGAAUCUACGGGCCUGCCUUUUAGAAUUCAUGUCAAUAUCACCACUGUGAAGAUCCUUCGGUCUCUGAAUGAGGGGUACCUAAUAGAUGUGAGGGGGAAGACAGAACUAAAGGGUAAAGGCAUUGAGGAAACAUACUGGCUUGUUGGGAAAGCAAACUUCUCCAAGCCAUUGCCAAAACCUCCAGAGAUCAAACCAGGCGAUAACUGGCAGGAAAUGGUGACCAAUGAAAUCAAGUCUAUCUUCCGGAAGGCCAACAGGCCAGUGGACGGGCCCAGAAUCUGAGGGAAGCAAGAGGAGUGGAAUGGUGAAGAACAGAAAAGCCUUUACCCUGCAGCUACAGGAGAGUAAGACGGGGGUUAUCACUCUGCCUGGUAACUCUGGGUUAUCUGAAGAACGGUAAUAGGAUUACCAAUUGUCUAAUCUCGUACAGGCAAGCACAGCAGAGAGAAUGCACUAAUAAAGUGAAGGUCAUUAUAGCACUGCGUAUGGAAGUAUAUGUAUGAGAAGAACAAGCAUCACUUACCUAUUUAAAGGAAUUGUCUUUAAUGUGCAUUUUUAUUUGGCCACUGUGUGGCUCUUUGGAAGAACAGAUGUUUUUUGUUUUUUUCUUUCCAUCACAUGCAGACGAUUUAAAAUAGUAUAAAAUAUUAUUGUUUUAUUGCUUUAUUUUAGACAUCAUCACUUCAUCAAGCAUGUGCAAAGUAGAUGUCAUAAUUAUAACUAUACCUAUCGAGCUGGGUUGGAGAAUCAUGAUUUCAACUGUAUUUGAUGUUAAUUAGGUUAUGAAAGAAGUUUAACAUCCAAUUUUGGGCCAGAUUUACUAAUGCUUUUGUGAGUCACGUGAGUCGUCGAUCGCAAGGCGUGCUUGCCUCCUUAAUCAGUAUGCAUUUAAGGGAGGGUCAAGUAAAUAAUGGGCGGGGAGAAGUGUGGCGGAUUAUGUUUUCCAUCGAGUUUACAAAAGUUCACGCAAAAUUUAUCUUCUUCUAAAGAGCAGGUGUAAAUUAUGGCACAAGAAUAGACAUCAACGAUGCACUGAGAAAAUCUGUACAACAAGAAUCACUCUAUUUCAAUAUUAAAUCAUUAAACAGUACCGAUUAAGCAGCCAGGCAAUCAUUAAAGCUGGGUGUUUGCCAUAAAAUAUUGGCUAAUGUCACAGAGCAGUCACACGAAAAGUUGUUAAAAAUCACAGAAAACUAAAAAAACAAGGCAGAAAUCACGGUGUUUAAAAACAUGAAUUCAAUAAAUUAACCAAUACAUCUCAUGCACAGCAUUGGGAAAUGAUUGAAAUCAUUUCUGAAAUUGCAGCAACAGUAACUAGCGCUUGAAUUUUCAAAAAAAAUCAGUGGUCAGUCGGCAGCUGGUGCAUUUAAUUUGAUUUGUUCAUCAUGGAAAAAAAACAUGCUUUUUGCCUUUAACAGAUUGUUAGAAACAGAGCAUGCACAAAUUGCAUUACUAAAAUUUUUUUUUUUAA